AUGCAGCCGGGUUCAGCUGCAUUUCUUCUCUGCUUAUUAUUAACCCCGGUAUUUACCGAAGCGUUUCAUCUAACCUGCUAUUACAACUGGGAUAAACCUCCUCUCAAAGAUGUUGAUGUGUCACUAUGUACCCAUGUUAUACUGAUAGGACAGCUGACUCUUGAUAACAUCGGUUAUUUACAAGUACCGUCAGAUGAAAUAUCGCGGGGGUUUUCUGAGCUGAAGAAGCGACGCAAUGAUCUCAAGCUGUUAAUGUGCCUAACUGGCCCCAAUAAUGCUUUCACGACUCUCGUAUCGAUACCCGGUACCAUUUCCACGUUUGCAAAUGACUCCUACGCUUACCUCAAAAAAUUUGGUUUUGAUGGAAUCGAUAUUGAUUGGGAAUUUCCCACUUGGAGUGCAGAUGCUCGUUCAAGUGAUAGAGUGAAAUUCCCUUUAUUACUGAAAGCACUUCGACAAAAAUUUGGGAAAGAAUUGCUUAUAACGUUGGCGGUAGCUGGACCACCAACAAUCACCAAGGUUGCCUAUGAUGUCCCGUCGUUCAACAAGUAUGUAGACCUUGUGCAAGUAAUGAACUAUGACUUUCACAUCUUUUCUUACCUCGAUCCAGUGGUUGGAUUCAAUGCACCGUUGAGGAAACUAAGGACCGAGAUCGGUGUGAUUGGAGAAAUGAAUUCGGUACUUUCACUAAUAAGUACAUACCCUAUCAAAAAUCCGUAUAUGUUCCAGGAAGCUGCUAUGAAAACUUACUUCAAACUGGGACUUUGGAGAAACAAAACGGUGUUCGGUAUCCCAACAUACGGUAGAGGAUAUCGUUUAUUCAACUGGAGGAUCAAUAAACCGUAUUCGCUUGCGUUAGGUGCAGUAAACGACUAUGCGAACUUUGAAGAUGUUGGUUUCUGCUUUCUUGAAAUAUGGAUUAUCUCGACAGCAAGAACCUACAAUUUCAGUUGUGCAAACUUCUAA